AUGACAAUCAGCGCUGUGAAAACGCUUCCUGUAGUAAUUUUAAAAGUGCUAUGUGAAAUACAUACAGAAAAAGCAGCAUACUCGACGAGAAGGCACUUACCUUCCCCGGGUGGCUCCCGGGCCACCGGGACGGGCGCUCAGCACCCGCCGCUCCCCGCAGGCAAGCGGUCCUUCCCCCUCCCCCGCUCCAGGCGGACAGGUCCAGCUCCGUCCCCGCAGCCCGGCGUUCCGGAGGUGUCAGCCAGCGGGUCCCGGCCGGGGCGGCAGCGACAGCUCUACUCUCGCAGCGACGAGGAGCCACUAACGGUGGGAGGAGGAGGGCGGUGGGGAGGUCCUGACUCUUCCCGGGAUGAGCUGCCGAGGUGGCCGCCUCCUCCGCCGCCCAGCUCAGCUCUCAUCGGGGCCUGUCCGCCCCGCGCUGUCCCGAGGUGCAGCCCGGCCGCGUCCGUCCGUCCCGCUCGCCUUCCCCCGCCCCUCUCCCGGGCGGCGAACCGCGCGGCGCACAGGCCCCGCCAGCGGCCAGGAGGACCCGGGGGCGACGGGGGACUCCGGCCCAGCCUCCUGCCCUCUCCCCGGGGCCUGGCGCACACUCUCCGCGGGGAGAAGAGGCUCUGCCCCGGCCUGGCGAUCAGCUCCGCGAAGGUCACGGCCGCCGCGGAGCCGAGCGCAGAGAGGCUCCCUCCGGCACCGCCGCGGUCGCUGCUAUUGCUGCCGGCCCGGCGUCAGCGACCGCUGGGUGCCGCGCUCCGACCGGGUUCGCUCCGUGCCCGUGCUUGGAGACCGCCUCCGACUCUGAGUGCCAGGCUGCCCCCUUCCCCUUCCUUCCUUCCUCGCCUCCCGCCCCUUCCCCGCUGUCAGCCUUCCCCCGCCGGCUCCCUCCGGCGCCCGGUGCCAGGCUGCCCCCUGCGGGUGUCGGGGCCGCGGCCGCCCGCCCCGCGGGCCAAGGCGGAGCCGGGAACGGCUGCCGCUGCCGCUCGGUGGGUGCCGGGAGCCGUGCGCCCACCGCCGCGCUGCCCCGGGCUGGCUCAGCGGCGGCCGCAGCGCCUGUGUGUCUGUGUCAUGUCUGUGCCUGGGCGGGCGGAGGCGCGGACCGAGGCGGGGCCAGCCCGCUCUCACACCGCCCAGCGACAGGCGCCCAGCACCCAACCAGCGGCGGCCGCCGCCGCGCAGCGCCCGCCCGCGCGGAGGGGCGCCCCGGGCCGCUGCACCCGGGCAGCGCGGAGGGGGCCCCGCCGCCGUGACAGCGAGCCGGGCCUGCGAGGGCAGCGCCGGCCUCGCCCGGCGGCCCCGAGCGCCGCCCAGCGCUGGUGUGUGCGGGGAGGGCGCGGGCGGCCCGGCCCCCGCCUCGGGCGCCGGCAGCGGUGGAAGAGCCAACUCCGCGUGCCGGUACCGCGUCGGGAAUGA